AUGGAUAAAACCGCCAGCGCAACUAUCACGAAUAUCUGUGCGAUAUCCAUCGCAGCGAUCUUGGGAGUCCUCACGAGGACAUCGGUUAACCUUCUAUUUGGACCGACUAGGACUGGGAUUCUAUCAGUGAACGAUAUUUUGUUCGCGGACCUCGCCUCGAACUUCCUCGGUUGUUUUGUACUAGGGUGCCAUGUCGUCGUGAAAGAACGAGUCACCAUUCCAGAGGCGCUUGCGCUGGCCAUUUCGACCGGUUACGCCGGAUCCGUAACGACAUUUGCCUCAUGGAACUAUCAGAUCGUCAGGAUGUUCUCUCGGGGACUAUGGCUUGAAGCACUCGGAGGCAUUCUGGUAGGAAUGUGCCUGUCCUUUUGCGCAUUUAUAGUAGGGCGAGAUGUUGGUGUUCUGGUCCUGCACGCUCUACGGCGGCAACAGCAUCAUUCGGCUGCGCCUGAUGAACAGGAGAGAAACCUUCCGUCAAGCCACGGAAACAAAGAUGUUAGCGGAGAAGGUUCCCGCCGAAAGCAAACAAUGAUUACCCUCUCUGUAGUCUGCUUGUUUCUCGCUGGGGAGUCAUUGACGAUUGUCGGGGCUGCUUUGGACAGAGGCAAUCCCACUCGUCGGGCAAUCUGGGCAAGCGCUCUGUACGCCCCUGUAGGAGCCACUCUGAGAUGGAGGUUGUCAUUUUUUAAUCGGAGAAUGCAAGGAUUUCCUGUCGGUACAUUUAUUGCAAAUAUGAUUGCAAUGCUCUACGAUGUAGCAAUCGGUGCUACUCUGAUUCUUUGGGCGGGCGCAUCAUCUGAAGCGCGAUUAUUCCUCAACGCAUCGAUUGCGGGGCUCGGCGGUUCUCUAAGUACUGUCUCAACUUGGGUUGGGGAAGCAUUUGCGAUGAAAAAAUCGCAAAGAUAUAUGUAUGUGGUCACAAGCAUUGUUUGCGCUCAGCUUUUAGGGAUCGCGGUUUAUGGGACAACCUUUUGGCUGCGAGUAUAA